AUGAAAAGUGAAGAAAGUGGCUGCUGUCAUUGCUUGAAAGUGUUUUUUGGCAAUCUUUGUAAAGGAUCCAAGUAAGAAUCAAUCAGAAAAACUGCAGUGGCUCAAGAGGUGAAUAUGUCAAGUAUCAAUCCUAAACUUGAAAAAAGCACAUUUGAGUUAUCAAUGGGCCAAUUAAGCGUAAAAGACAUAAAUGAAAGCUUAGAUAAAAAUCUCCCUGUGAUUGAUAGCUCUCCUGAGCAGAGUAUCGUUGUAAGAAAUAGUGUUUCUUACAAGUCUAACAUAAUAACUGGAAAUUCACGAAAUCCUUUAUAUUCAGCUGCACCACCUUUAUCAUAUGCCCAGGAGGCUUAUUUACAGUAAUUUUCGCAUCAGAAUUAUUUUUGAUAAUAUAAAAUCAAAUUUUUAAGCCUGAAAAUUGUAAAUAUAUUUUUAUAUACAAAAUUAUGCAGAUAAAAUCUAAGUUGACUAUAUCAAUCUCCAUCUCCAAAACCACCAGAAAGCAAAGAGCCUAACUCUGAGCCUUCUCGUUCUGUAGAAAAUCCAAAUUCAAACGUGUUUCAAUCCCACGAUUCUGAGGUAUCAAAUGAAGUACUUUUUUAUGAUAAAAAUACAACUGGCGACACUCCAAUGAAUAAAGAACAAGUGAAACAAAACUUAGAAGAGGCUUAUAAUAUGAUAAAACAAUUCACUGAAGAAGAUGAAAUCAGCCCAAUUGCACAAAAUUUCCUCUCAAGUGAAGAAGCAGAGCCUGAUGAGAUUUCUAUACCAAAACGAAGUGAUUUUACAAAAGUAGUCAAAGGAAUUAAUUUUAAAGCAAUUUUAGCUGAUGGCGAUAUCCCAAAUUUUUUAGAGAGCAAAAAGAGAAUUUAUUAG